AUGGGGUCGCACCUGCCGCCGCCGCGCCCCGAGCCCCAGCUGGUGCUGCAGCUGGCGGCGGGGGCUCUGCAGGCGCAGAACUUGGAGGCGCCGGGCGGCGGCCUGGGGCCCGAGUGGCAGGUGCUGCUCGGGCGGGCGGACGCGCUGGCCUUCGGCGGGCGGCUGCACGAGGCGCUGCCGCUGUACCAGCUGGCGUCCCGCCACCAGCAGCUGCGCGCCGAGCAGCUGGAGAAGCUGGUGGAGUGCCUGGCGCAGAGCGUCCGGAUCAAAGAGGGGCUGCCCGCCGCCGGACACCCCGCGGCACCCCGCGACUGGGACGUUUUCAGGUGCCGCAAGUGCCAGGGCUUCCUCUUCGAGCCCGUUUCCUUGCCUUGCGGACACACGUUCUGCAAAAAGUGCCUGGAGAGGGACCGGGCGCCCGAGUCCCGCUGCGUUCUGUGCAAGGAGGCGGGCGGCGCGGCGGCCGGGCAGCUCCUGAGGGUCAAUGUCAUCCUCAGCAACCUGCUGGCCAAGUGGUUCCCCUGCCAAGUGAAGGCUUCGCAGCUCCGGCACGAAGGGAACCUCCUCUACAAGGAGAAGAAGCUCCAAGCCGCCCUGCAGAAGUACAACGAAGCGGUCAGCCUAGCUCCAAAUGACCACUUGCUAUAUAGCAACCGGUCCCAGAUUAACUCCACUUUGAAAGCCUGUGAAGAUGCAUUGCACGAUGCAGAAACAGCGUGCAGGCUCCAGCCAUACUGGUUGAAAGGUCACCUAAGGAAAGGACAGGCAUUAGCUAAUCUGGGGAAAACAGAAGAAGCUUUAAGAGAGUUUCUGUUCUGCCUUGCUCUGGAUACUGGGAACAAGACAGCCAAGUCUGAGGCACAAAAGCUUCUACUUAGUUUGUUUUCACUCAUCCCGGGAAAUGCUCAGGAACACUUACCCGAUAUCCUGCAGCUGUUGUCACAUCACUCUAGAUUAAAGGGGAAUCUCCUAAAUUCAGUGGGAUCUGGAGGCACCAGCCAUAACCUACAAAGGUUGCUCAAGGUAAAUGUGGAACAGAAAAAGGGGUUUUCCAUUCAAGAGGAACCAAAUGUAACUACUUCUGGUAGUUUGAGGAAAUCGAUACAAAUUAUAGAGAGCAAAAAGGACUGCUCGGAGGAGGAGAACAAAUUCACCUCCAAACCAGAGUCUACUUUACUCAUUUCUGAGAAAUGCAGCCUCCUGAAAAGGAAGUGCUGCUCAGAGGAGCUGCGAAACGCUGAGGUACCCUGCAAACUGAUGAAGAAAGAUACAGCUGAUACUAAGGAAAAUAGUACUGGACAACAUAUUCCAUUUGAAGUUGUGGAUCCAUCAGAUCUGGACUGCUCCCUGUGUAUGAGGCUCUUCUAUGAACCUGUCACCACACCCUGUGGACACACCUUCUGUCUCAAAUGUCUGGAGAGAUGUCUGGAUCACAACCCAAAAUGUCCCCUGUGCAAGGAGGGGCUCUCAGAGUGCUUGGCUAUGAGGAAAUACUGUAAAACAGUGCUAAUGGAGGAGUUAAUAGCCAGAUAUCUUCCAGAGGAACUCACUGAAAGAAGAAAGAUUUAUGAAGAGGAAAUAGCAGAGCUUUCCAACCUAAAUAAGAAUGUUCCCAUAUUUGUCUGCACAAUGGCUUAUCCUACAGUCCCAUGUCCUCUGCACAUCUUUGAGCCGUGUUAUCGCCUGAUGAUCCGCAGGUGCAUGGAGACUGGCACCAAACAGUUUGGGAUGUGCAUCAGCGACCCUGUGAAGGGGUUUGCAGAUUAUGGCUGCAUUCUGGAGAUAAGAAAUGUUGAAUUCUUUGCUGAUGGUCGCUCUGUUGUAGACAGCAUCGGCAAGAGGAGAUUUAAGGUGAUCCAGCACAGCCAGCGUGAUGGAUAUAACACAGCAGAUAUUGAGUACAUUGAGGAUCAAAAGGUACAAGGACAAGAAUAUGCUGCAUUACUCGUUCUCCACGAUUCUGUCUAUGAUCAGGCAUACAUGUGGUUUAACUCCCUCAAGCAAGCACUCAAAAGUCGAAUUCUCAGUCAUUUUGGUCCAAUGCCAGCCAAGGAUCCUGACCCACAGGCUAACCCAAAUGGACCAGCCUGGUGCUGGUGGGUCCUGGCUGUCCUUCCACUUGAGAACAGAGCUCAGCUGCCGUUCCUUGCCAUGAAAUCCCUCAAAGACCGCUUGAAUGGCAUCAGACGUGUCCUUACCUUCAUGUCUCGUACAAGAUCACGGUGAUGAAUGGAGGAUAACUUGAAGUUGAAUUUAUAUCUGAACUCUUUCUUGCUAAAAUGGACGAUGGCUGCAAACAACUGCGAAGAAAGAGCCACAAUAUAUGAAAAGUGGCUUAUCCUAGAGAAAACUGGAAGUACUGGUGUCAUUUCAUUGUAGGUUAAUACACAGACUUUUUUUUUUUUUAAUCAACUCUUGUUGCUGUUAAGAUGAGUUUUAUUUCUUUUAAUUGUUUGGUGGGAUUUGGCUUUGGAGUGUGUGUAUGGGAGGGGGAGGGGGGAGUUAUUUUGAACUGUAGGACUCAGAGGGCAGUUUGUGUCACAUAAGAAGGAAUAUGUUGUAAUAAAUGCUAUUUAUUUCACCCCAAUCUUCAGGUUUCUGUUAGCUUCAAAUCUCUACCCAGCCAUUGCAUUUCUCUUAAGAGAUUGGGUAGUGUUGCUAAUAAUAGUUUAACUCCCAAGGAAAACAAGUGUAUUUUAGCGUGAUUACUGCUAGCUAUAAAGCAGGUAAAAAUAGGGCAGAAAUGAGAACAGGAAGUAUCUUGGGUUUGGGUUUGUUUUUUUUUUUAAAUCAACAGUUUCUAUACUUGUUUUGCUGCUUUCAUUGCUUACAGUGUACCACUUUCUGGGACUGCUCUUACCUCCAUCUGACUUGGACUUUCACUGAUUUCAAUGUGAGCAAAAUUGGGCCUUUUAUUCUAAGCUACUGUUUUCCUUUUCAGUGGAAAAAGCUAGAGUGAAGUGAGAAUGUUAUGGAAUGUUACACAUUUCUUUGGUUUUUUUUACCCAGGAGAGUACUCUGCCAUUUCAUGCCUCCUUUCUGAAAAAAUGCAGUAGAAUUAAUGUAAUUUUUCUGGGUGUUUUUCCAUCUCAUCAGAAAUAUUUAUUAGUUGAAAGUAAUUUCCAUACUGCUACGUUUUCAUAAAACUACCUUUGUUCCCCUUUUUGUUAAAUUCUAUAGAGCAUUUCCAUAAGGGUACCAAAGAAAUGAAUGGAAGACCAACAGGUUUCACCUUUGUGAUGCACACGGAAUAUGUAUCCUGUUUGCAUAGAGCUACUCUAGAACUACUACAACUUCCUUCCUCACUGCUACAUUCCUGCAUUUCUUCCAUAGGGGUACUUGACAUGCUGUAAACAAUGUAUAAAAAUACCUUCAUCUUCUGAACAGUAUCGAGCAUACAGUGGCUGACACCUGCUGUGGCAUUUGUCUUCAUAAAUCAAUCAUGAGGUGAUUUCCACUUGUUUAGAAGUGAAGCUGCAUUCAAUGCAACUCUUCCACAAACCAUUAUGUAUUAUUGCAUAACAUAAGGGCCUCAUAGUGCUCCCAUGGGAAAAAAAGCUGUCACUUUGUUACUCUUAUCUGUGAGAAAAGGACUUUAAAUGUUUAAUUUGAACUUUCUCACUGAUGUUAUUAUUCUUUGUCCCUGCAUGCUAUGUAUUCUACAUACUCAUUCUACCAACUUUGUUGUUUUAGAAACUGUCAUGGAAAGAAUCCUUGAUUUUAAAAGUGAAUAUUAUCUUUUCUGUUAGCCUUGACUAAAGCUGCCAGAAUUCCCAAAGCAGAGACUCUCGUACAUGCCCUGCAUCAUGAACACCCAGUGCAUUUGCUGCCACCUGGAAACACUGGAUCUGCUGCAUGUAAUGCAAACAGGUGAUCUGCACAUGCACAACACAUCAAACAGUUCAUCUGUACAUUUACAGUAGCAUUCUGGGGCUGCUCUAUGGCCACACAUCCUAGAUCAAUGGCUACAGUCUCCAAAUUCCAUCAGAAGAAAAAAACAAUAUUGAGAAAGAUACUUGUUAGGGAACACAAACCUGUCCAGAAAAAGCUGGACAAGGAGUAGCCUUAGCCUGCAAUAAGUUGAGAUGGUAAAGUUUCAGUAAUGACAUUUAAAAACCAAAAAAUCUUCUAGUUGUGCCACAUUAUCACUGACUAUUUUUCAGUUGUGUUAAUGAGUACAAGGAUGCAAAUGCAACAUUUAUCACAGGCAUGAAUAAACAGCUAGCAGAUUCAAAAAUACCUUCACUUUAAUUAUAGAAACAGCAUUGAUCAGAUAAAAUAUUAAUUGGAGGAGUAUUUUAUUUAAGCUCCUCACAUUUUUCUAGACACCAAACCCAGUUCCAUAACUAAUCUUGCUCAUCGGUUAAAAACAACAACAAAAAAAUCAUGACUCAAACUUGUAUUUCCUGUGUGAUCAGAAGUAUUGAUGAAUUGUUCCUGUGGGGGCAUAAGUAAUGCAUAGGCUGCUUAGAAAGUAGUUCAGUAGUUUUAAUAAUGAAAUGAUAAAAUGGUGUAAUAGGCCAUUCUGUUAAGUCUUAAGUGACGUUCUAGUGUUAGUUGUAAAAGUUUCUUUAUUUUAAGUGCUGAUAUCUUAUCUUCCAUUACCUUAUAGCAAUAAGAGAUACUGACUGGCUGAUCUGUUGUUUGGCCUGUCCUUCUGUCCUGUAUGACUGCUUACUGACAGAACACCUCAACCAUGGAUUUCCUAAUCCAAAGAUUGUUUUAGUCUAAAAAAAAAAAAAAGAGUGGAUUUGGUCUGUCUUAA